AUGUCUCAAUCGAUUCCCAAGACCACCAAGCAGUGGCGCGUUGUAGGCCAUAACGGGUUUGAUUCGCUCGAAUAUUCUGAGCAACCUAUACCGGAACUUGGCGAUAACCAAGUCUUGAUCAAAAUCCGAGGAGCCUCUAUCAAUUAUCGCGACCUCAUCAUACCACACGGAAAGUACCCCUGGGCCCUCAAACCCAAUGUCGUUCCUGGAUCCGAUGGAGCUGGAACCGUCCUGGCCGUCGGUAAACACGUUACUCGGUUCCAACCAGGCGACAACGUGGUCACAAUAAUCAACCCACAGCACAUUGGAGGGUCUAUGAAUCCUCACUCCCUGAAAUACGGACUUGGCGGCUCCGUUGAUGGCACCCUGCGGUCUGUUGGCGCUUUCGACGAGCAGGGCCUCGUGGCGAUGCCCAAGGGCUUGAGCUUCACCGAAGCCGCAACUCUUAGCUGCGCUGGAUUGACUGCCUGGAAUGCUCUUUUUGGGUUGGCUGGAAAAAGCCUUGCUGCGGGCCAAUGGGUGCUCACUCAGGGAACUGGAGGAGUUAGCGUCUUCGCCAUCCAGUUCGCCAAAGCCGUCGGCGCGAGGGUCAUUGCCACGACAAGCUCCACCGAGAAAGGCAAGCUUCUAGAGAAACUAGGCGCUGACCAUAUUAUCAACUAUCGCGAGACCGCCGAUUGGGGCCCCGUUGCCAAGAAGCUGACGGGGGGAGUUGGUGUUGACCUCGUGGUCGAGGUUGCUGGCACCUCGAUGAAGCAGAGUAUCGCCUGUCUCAAACUCGACGGCACCAUCAGCAUCAUUGGCUCCGUCGGGGGCGAGGUCAAGGAACAGCCUGGUCUACUCGAGUGUUGGAUUAAUCUGUGCACAGCUCGUGGCGUGUGGGUUGGUAAUCGGGUCCAGAUGGAGGAGAUGUGCCAAGCCAUCCAGGCCAACCUGGACAAAUUGCGUCCUGUGGUUGACCCUACAGUCUUUACUCUGGACCAGGUCAGGGAGGCCUAUGAGUAUCAGUGGUCGGGUAAGCACCAGGGGAAGGUAUGCAUCGAAAUUUCUUAG